UGACUUCCACCAGUCAGGAAUUUCCCGCCAAGUUUCAGGGAUUUUCCCGCCACAUGCAGGCGUGACUGAAUUGGCUGGACGUGACUUUUCCCCGCUGUUUCAAACGAUGGAAGCACCCAACAAUGACAACAGACACUUCUGCACAACUGGGCCGGAGAUUCGAGGAAAUUGGUUGGAAUUGCCAGCACGGUUCUUCCACUCAGGAAUGUGAGGAAGUUUCCGGAUUCCAGUCAGCUUUGCAGAUACCGAAGUCAAGACACCGAACUGAGCUUGUGGUCUUCCAAAACUUUGAUAGAGGUUCUCAACUUGUUCGCGUGCACUUCGGAGAAUGAAGAAAGGUCAGACUGCCGUGGUGAGCCCGCGGGACCCCGGCUCGACCCUGGAUCGUAUGAGGGACAACAACACUUGGACGGACCCGCCACCACGCCCGCCACCACCGCCGCCUCCACCGGCAGACGACACAAGCAGCAUGGGGGACGUGGACGUGACGACGCCGCUUAGAGCGAGUGAAGGCCAGGUGGAUCACGUGACGUAUUACGCCCUGGGGUUCUGUGGAAUGUACGGCAUGUUACUGGUUGUCAUAGGAACGGUCCUGCCAAUCAGCGAGUUCAUCACGGAGGACGUCGUCCAACCACAUGUCGACAGCUUGCUAGCGUUCCUGUGCAUAACGGGAUGUGUAUGGCUAGCAGCAGUGUUCCUGUCCAGGUGUAAAGCCGGCAGGUGUCCCAAGGAAAACAGCACGGACGACUUCAACAUGUUCCUCAAAUGUGGCCUCGUGGGUUUCGGCAUUCUCAGUGUGCUCCAGUCCGCCAUCGAUGUUGCGAUCUACGCUGAGUACCAAACAACACCCGGAUGUUAUGACGUAUCUCUGACGUCAUUCAUCCGCCCCCUAGGUUGGAUGUUUUUCUGCCUGAUGCAAAUGUACAUCCUGCUCACCUUCCAGGUAAAGUUGUCCGAGCAACCUUGUGGGUGGCGGUCGUGGUUCUACGUGUUAGGGUUGAUGCACUGCGUGGCCACCAACCUGUGCGUGUGGGUGAACACCGUGGUGCACGAGACCGUGGAGGCGCUGGAACACCGGCUCAACCAGACCGUGGUGGCGGAGGAGGGGCACGAGAAGGCCGUCAGCAAACUCAUCCAACAUAUCGAUACCGGAAACACAAGUUCUGAACACGAGUGCCCGGAUGUGUACCUGCAGGAAUUGAAACAGAUGUUGUCGCCCCUGCUGUUCCCCUGUACGGUAGAGGAGAGCCUCAUUGCCGCCGCUGCCUUCGCCAUCACCCUCAUCCAGAUUAAGAACCACGCCCUGGGCAAGACGGUGCCCAGACGUCACAAGACGACGUCAAACUCUCCGGGUUUCUUCUGCAUGUCUUCCUGUAAGGGGCUGAUCGCAGGGGUGGUGGUUCUCGUCGCCAUGAUCUCUGUGGUGGCCGUGUUCGCUUUUUCUCUCCACGGACCCAGUCUAGACCACGAGGCGACGUCCCUUGCCUACCAGAUCGUGGUGUUCGCCAUCCACAUCCUGUGUAUCGUAUGUACGAUAUCUGCCUGGUACUACCUCAGGCAACAUCGCAGCGAUCAGAAGAGGAAGGCCAUGCUAGACAAGGUUUUGCUGACCGUGUCGAUGGGAGGAGUUCUUUUUCUCGGUGUACUGGGGCUGAUCGCCGGAGUGUUGGCAGACUUGCAUACCACGUCUGACCAGCUGUUGGCGUGGCGUUCCGCCAUCCUCAUCCUGGAAGCCGGCUUGCAGACUCUGUUCGUCUUCGACGGGCUGAACCGAACGCCGUGGGCCCGUCAGGGCGACAAAUGUGAGUUGUCGCCCAUGGUAGUUUCGGUAGGAGAAGAUCAGAAGAUCAACCAGUCACAGAGUGUUAAUAACGUUGACGACCCGGGGUUGCCUAGCGACCAAUCUGUGACUGACAGCGAGGUUCACGGAGGGUCACGUGGCAGCAGCAACAUCCGGGCUAUCGACUGCAGCGCCUUUAUGUCCACCGUCUACACCACCUGCGCUUCUCAGAACAGCCGCGAGGCGGCGCACGACUCGCAGCAGGUGGAGCUUUUCGGAACGACGCGCGAGGGAGUCCGUCGGCGGGCGUCUGUCGAGGACGGCAGGCUAGCCAAGAAGCGGAGCCGGCAGCUGGUGAUGUUACUGUUCGUGUUGAAUGUGACGCUGUGGCUCGUGGCCGUGUCUACACUCUACGUUCCGGAUACCUACAAUAUACAGGAGCAGUUCUACCACUCGGUGGCCUGGAUUCUUCUCAACCACAUCUCCCUGCCACUCCUCAUCUUCUUCCGCUUCCACAGUGCCGCCUGUCUCUUCGAGAUCUGGGUGCACGCCUACCGUUUACACUCCGACUUGUAACGCGGAUACAAACAGUGUGUGCCGUACUCCACUUGGACGUGUCAUUUGUAUCUCUACGUUACACGAAGUAUGGUUUACACUCUGACUUUUGCACAGAUAUAAACAGUGUGUGGGGCACUGUUUACACUUGAACGUAUAACACGC